AACAGGUAAACACGUUGUGGUUUUCGCAAGUUUACGAAAAGUUUACCGGUUUUCUGAAUCCAAAAAGUUUUAUUGAUAUUCAACAAGUUGUGUGUGAGUAAUUAGUCCCAUAAUUAGAAUGGACGCUCGUUUAACGCGAUACGAGAAAAUUGAAUUCUUGGGCGAAGGUCAGUUCGCUACCGUUUACAAGGCAAGGGAUUUGGAAACGAACGAAAUUGUUGCGGUCAAAAUUAAGGUAGGAAAUCGAGAGGAAGCAGCCGAUGGAAUCAACCGGACUGCGUUGAGGGAAAUAAAGCUGCUUCAGGAAUUGCACCACGAAAACAUAAUCGGCUUGUUGGAUGUUUUUGGGCACAAAAGUAACGUGUCUCUUGUUUUUGACUUUAUGGACACGGAUCUGGAAAUAAUUAUCAAAGAUCAAAAAAUCAUAUUUACCCCAGCUAAUAUCAAGAGUUACAUGAUUCAAACUCUGAAGGGGUUAGAGUAUCUCCACAUUCACUGGAUCCUGCAUCGGGAUUUAAAACCUAACAAUCUUCUCCUCAGCGGGUCUGGGUUAUUGAAAAUAGGAGAUUUCGGUUUGGCGAAAUUUUUCGGGUCUCCCAAUCGAAUAAACACCAACCAGGUGGUAACCCGAUGGUAUCGUUCUCCGGAACUGCUGUUCGGAGCUCGGCAGUACGGAAUCGGGGUAGACAUUUGGGCUGUUGGAUGUAUCCUUGCCGAGUUGCUUCUUCGGGUUCCCUUCCUACCGGGAGAAAGCGAUCUGGAUCAGUUGACUAGAAUUUUCCAGGUAAUGGGCACACCGACGGAAGAAAAUUGGCCGGACGUUAAAUCGCUACCAGAUUUCGUUCAGUACAAAAUGUUCCCAGCCAUUCCACUGCGGGAUAUCUUUACAGCAGCAGGUGAUGAUCUGCUGGAGCUAGCAAACAAGCUGUUAGCACUGUGUCCCUCGAAUCGGUGUUCCUGUACGGAGGCGCUGAAAAUGCCAUAUUUCUCGAAUAAACCCGCACCGACCAUGGGAGGCAAACUGCCGAUGCCGGCUAGUUACUACGCCGGCGGAAAAGAUAAGGAGGAGAAGCAACCCACCCUGAAGCGAAAACUGCCGGAAAAUGUUGACGGAGCGACGUUGCCCAAACGGUUGCAGUUUUAAAAGGGAAGUAUUGAUUUUCUUUUUUUUGCUAUUUAAAUUAUGUUA